AAGCCAAAAGGCAUUUUACACGCAAAAGUAGGCAAAGAGGUCUCUUCUAUCGGAAACCGAUAUUUUUUAUCAAUUCUAAAUAUAAAGAAAUCAAAACACGCCGUCUUAUCGAAAAAGCAUUAUUGUUUAUUGGGUCGUAGGUCCCAUUUUUAUCUGUACCUACGUAGACGGGGCUAACGACUUGGAAUCUUUCUUGGUUCUAGAAAGUCUUUCGACGCGGAAAACUUAUUACUUUAUUAAAAUAUCUUCAUCUUUUACAACAAAGAUAGAAAUUCUACGAUAAUAUUAUUUAAGACCAAGAAUAAUUUAAGAAGAAGUUAUUAUUCUAUUCAACUUUGGCUAUUAUUCUCAUUAAAAAUGAUCUUGGCCAUUACUAAUAAACCCAUGGUUUGAUAACGUUCUUACUAAUACGUAUUAUGAAUUAAUAUUGAACAUCGGUAUUUAAUAAAAGAAAAUAAAUGAACUACGGUAUUUGCGUACAUAAUAUCGGACAUAAAAACUUAUAGGAAUAUUUCUCGGAUGAAGUAUUUAUCAUAUGACAAAACGUCGGCUCACAUUGUUUACAUAGAUGUAGGUAUUGUGUAUAUUAAGAUCCUUCAAAUAUUGCGCUAUGUGGUAUCAAAGGCAUUCCUUAGUGAUCUAGUCACGUAUUGCCCUAUAGACGUUCUUCAUUUAUUUACAUUCCGUCGAGGAAAACGUGGCUUUCUUGUAAUGUAAAUACGUAUAAAUCUAGGCAAGAAACAUUUUGGAGUUUUGUUUACCACUUGUAAUGACACUGCCCUAAUUCAAUAAGUCCUAAGGUUUGUUUAAGCGAAGCGGUGGUGGGACUCGGCUCCAAUUUCCUCUCGAUUCAUCCUAUUUCCCUUCCUAGCCGAGCGACGCCUUCCACCUCUGAGAUGCAUUUGCUCACGUGGAAUCGAAAACGAACCGCUUAGCUGCCUCACACAGGAACAUGUAGACUUUCUUUUAAGAAAAUUCGACCAUAAUAUAUUCUGAACAUUGAAUUGGCCUAGAAAAUUGGGUCGCGCAGGCAAAGUUAACAUGUUCCGUCGAGGUAUUCCUUUGCCUCCCGCCCACUGGUGUGCACAUAAGCCGUCUUAUGCCCAAACCAGUGGAGCACGACCUCCGCUAACGAAAACUUUUCUUCUUUCCAGUAAAGUGAUAAGUGUAACUCAAAGUAUAUUUUUGAUGUAAACUAAUUAUCAAUUUCAUUCCGUCGAAGUACAAAGUAUACAUUUAAAAAGUGUUGAAAACAGAUAUAAAUAGAUUUAAAAAGUGAACUUAAAAUAAACAAUAUGACGUGUUGAAAAAUCAGUGAGAUAAAAUGACUUUAGUGAGAACUGUCGGUGACACAGGACUGUUUCGAGUCGAAAGUGUGAACAAUAAAACGAUAUGGGAUGACUCAUAGUGAAAAAUGUUAUGUGCAACCCACUAUCCGAUCCGAAGAUGAUGCGCGAUAUCCACGACAAUGCUGGGGGAGGCGCAAGCGGCGGGAUGGAGGAAAGCGAGGACGGCGGGAAUGGGGUUGCAGAGGUCGAUAUGGACGACUGCGGCUCCCUCGCGCUUCCUCCUGACCUGCCCCCCUACUCCGGCGACUACAUCAUCAGCGACUACAUGGAACGCCUUGGCACACGUCUCAACAUUCUCGAAACAGAACUGAAAUAUGCUUGGCGAGCACUCGAUCUGCUCAGUCAAGAAUAUGUCAGGAUGUGGGAACGACUUGAGAGGUUGGAGACGUUACUUGCCGAUCAACAGGGUGUAAUAUCAACUUUACUGGAUUUUUACACAUGCCGAACUGUCAGCGCCAGAGAUCCCAUCACUCGAUUAGAAGUGAUCAGAGAAAUAUUAGGAAAUGGUACUGUCGAAGAUGGCAUAGAAGAAGGUUUAGAUAUUGGACGGAGUCAAGUAUUGUUAGAACACCAGGAAGAGAUUAUGGAAUCAAACGAAGCAUUUUAUAAAAGCUUAAAUCAAGCCUAUCGUGAUGAUUUAGUAUGCGAUGAAACAUCUAGGCCACCAUCACAGUUAGAUAUGAUAUGGGAAGCUCCUGAAGAACCAGAUAUAGAAAUGAUGCCAACCAGCUCUAGGCAAAUAUACAGUUCAUCAGACUAUAAAGACUAUUGUGGAUUAAAAGGUGGACCUGUAAUUAGCGAAAGAGAUUUGGUGCAUUUAUCUGCUUUAAGUACUAUAGAUCAAAUAACAGUAGAUAAAUUACAUGAAUUAGAUAGAUUGACAACCCAAUUACACAAAGAUUCCAGAGAGUUAAAAGACUUGAAAACGAGGCUUCUUAGUCCUGAAACAAAACUAUCAAAACACGACAGGGAAAUAGAAGCAAAAGCUCUGGUUGAAGACGGUAACAUUAUAAAUGAACAAUUAAAAAGCGUCUAUUCAGGCGGCGACAAUUGGGCCAUUAACGAUAUGAUGAAAAGCUUUGAUGAUUUCAUGUUAACUGCGCCUAAAGAUUCCAUUGUAAGAGAGAAAUCCCCAUCUAGGUUGUCACUUACUGAUAAUGUUACAGAUAGAAAUUUAGAUUAUUUGCCACCAACUCUUUCUCCUCGUCGUAAGUUUGUACCAGAAAGAACUACAACGGAACCUUACACGACUGUAACUGGGCGCCUUGCAUAUAGUUCGGCGGUUGCCAAUGCUGAAAUAAAUGCUGCCAAAGCAUCUAAAUCACCUAGUGCUCUUUCAAGAGAAAGAUUUGAAUAUAGCUCUCCCUAUCAAAUUACUGACACUUCCAGACAAAACUAUUUUUCUAAUAAAGGCUUAUCUCAGCCUUUAAACGAGAUUUAUAAAUCAGGUUCAGAGCAACAUUCUCCCUUGUCAAUUCAUGAAAUAUACAACGGACCUAGUGCUAACGAAUUAAGUUACGAAGAUAACAGGCUAAGAAAAUCCCCAAGUCCCCCGCCGCCGGCGCCACCAAAUGGGACAGACGGGUUUCCGUCUAUAGAGAAUAACAACGAACUAGUUGCUCAUCAGCCUAUGCUUUCUACGAGUGGUGCAAUGCCACACGAUAGUAUGCGUCUAAGUCCGAGGUCUCCAAAAUCACCAAAAACAUCACCUAAACAUGUAAAGAGGGAUUCUGCAAAUAUUGUAGCUGCAAAAUCUGAUUCUGGAUUAUCAUCAAUGAGCGGAUGGUCUAGUCUAGAAAAAAGUCCAGGAUCACCUAAAACUGGAAGAAUAACACACGGAAGUCAUGAUUCUCAUAAAAUGCGUGAUCCUUCUCCGCAGCCAAUCCAAAGAAUGUCGUAUGAAAUGGAUUCAAAACCAUAUAUAGAAACACUUGUCGACUCUUAUCUUUAUGAAGGUGCAAACUUAAAGAGCGAUUACAACUUACGAAAAACAGAUCAUAUGACAAAAGAAAUCAGCUCAAGAGAUUUGAGCAAAUUGCAAGGGAAAGUAGACAGUGAUUACAUAAAAAGUGAUAUACCAUAUUCGGUUACAGAUCAAAUGACUCAAAUCAGCAAUAUUGGAGAAUACUAUUAUGGUAACGAAGCUCCUUCAAUAUAUUCUGUAGCUGGUAAUAGGCAACCAAUAUUCACAACUGUGUACAGUACUCCCAGAGGAAUGUUGUCCGAAGAUAGAAGUUUUUCCGAAUUAUUAGAUAGAAAUGAAAUUUCAGAAUCUAUUGCGAGACCCGCAGUAGAUUCUUAUCCGCCAGAACCUAGUUAUCAUGCACAGACUGUAGUCAUGUCGGCGGCGAAUGCCAAUAAACGUCCUCUUACUAGGGCUAAUACGAUGGGCUCCAAUGAUCCACAUUUUUAUCAAAAUGGUUAUAAAGGACCCCGAGCUGGGUAUCCUCCUGGUAAUCUAACUGAUGCUCUUUCAUACUACCCAACGUCUACGAGAUAUGAUUCACCUAAACGAACAUCUUUGGAAGAUCAGAUCUCAUGGCAAGGGGGUAGCAGAUCUCCAACCAGUUCAAUGGAAACAUCGAGCUUGAAAUCGCGUUCACUAAGUAUAACUGAAAGAAAACAAUUUCAAAAUCAAUUACAACAAGAAUAUUUUAAACAGCAACAAUAUGAUCAACGAAAUGGUAAUGUUAUGUAUGAGAAUCAAGGAUUCGAAAAACAAGCAGGGCCCGAACACAAUAAAAUGAGAAAAGAGCAAUACGUAGAAUCAAGUGGAAUACUAGUGUCAGAGUCUGGGUAUUUAUCGAUAUCUAACAAUUAUAAAGGCAAAACUCAAGAUAAACAACCCAAAAAACCAAAAAGGACCUCAUCGCUAAAGUCUGCUAUGUCAUCUAUGAGUCACUGGCUCCCAGAUUUGCAUUUGCCUAAGAAACAUAGAUCACAUUCAUUACCUUCAGGCGUAGAUACAGUGGAACAACCACAGCAGGAAAAGUCUCUAAAAGAAAGAAUAUUAUCUGCACAGAGGAGGAAAAAGAAGUAUCAUUUGGUGGCUUCGAUGUCAGGUCUGCUACAAAAAGCGAGAAGAAAGCAGCAAGCCAGUCAUCAAUCACUUUCUGAUCCAGAAACAUCAGAAACUGAAUGGUCUGGAGGUAGAUCUAGCGCUCAAUCAGAGGACAGUGAUAGUGUAUUUUCCGACUCGACGCAUGAAGGUAACAUGUUUCCUAAAGUAGCUCCUAAACCUAAGAGAAAAAUAAACAACCAAGAAAUUGUGGAACAACAGAUGAUGAUACAAGAACGAAUACAAGAGCAAGGAAUAGAAUACCGAGACGAUGAUACUGAAUGUAUUAUAGAAGAAAAUGAGAAGCUCGCUGCGCCUAAUAAUGUUAUACCGAGAGAUAAAAGUGAUGACAUUGAUUUUCAUUUUGCUCGUGUAAGUCAAAUGAAAAAAGAUAACAUACCAAAGUUGGAAAAAUUGGAUAUUGACACUGAUAUAUCUAACGUUGACCUGUUCGAAGAAGAUGAAAAGGGAGAUAAUCAAUCUCCUGGUUCUCUCUUUGCUACAAUAGGUGAUGUUAAAAAAUCGUCAAAUGUCUCAGAUGAAGGUUUAAGUGAAAGUAAUAAAUCUUACAGCGGAAGCUCGCAAGAAUUUGCAGUUUCUAGAGCACUAGGAAAAUAUCGGCUACGAAAGUCAACGUCCGUCUCAGAUGAACAUAUAAAUGAUAUUUCACCUCCGAAAACAGAGAGUGAACAACAAGAUGAAAUUAACGAGGAAUUUGUUAACCAACAAAAAGAAAAGAGGGUUCGUAAGCCAAGUCCCCCCGAAGUUGUUAGCUCAAUACCACUCCCAGAGGACUCUAAUACUCUGCCUGAAAGGAGUCCAUCUAUACAAAGUACUCGUGGCUUACCAAACAAGUUUCAACCCCGACAUCAGCAAAGUUUGGAAAUACCAAACAAACAUGACGAUGAUGACAGUAGAAGUACCCAUUCUUGGAGAAGUGGUUCUCGAGUAUCGUCAAGACGACAAAGUACUGAAGACAGCAUUGAUUCUGAAGAUGAAUGGUAUUGUUAUGAACUGAGGAAAUUAGAAGAAAUGGAGCAUCAGUCUCAACUGGAGGCUGAGAGACAACAGACCUUGCCAGAAGAGCCAGAAAUGGAAGAAAUCGAUGAGGACACAGGUGAAAACUUGAAAGAAAAAAUGUCGUAUGUCUUGAGAGAGCUUAAACUUAAAACAGCGACUACGAAGCAAAAGUACGACGAAUCUCCAGUCAAAGAGACUUGGAAAGAUAUCACAACUUUCCCUGUGAUUGAAGAAACGGUAGACGAUAUUGAGGAUAGGUUAUCUGACGAUGACAAAUCGUUUGAAGAUUCAGGUUCAGGUGAAACGUCUGGGCCCGACAGUCCAGUGCAGAGUGGCGAUGAACUUGAUGAUGACUAUGAUAUGCCGCAAAUCCAUCAAGACCCAGUGCCCCUUGAGGAGCCUCCGCCGCAGCAAGAUGCUCCUGUUGGCAGCAAGUGGAAGCUGCUCAAAGCUUUGAAAGACCGUAAAGCUGAAGAGAAGACAUCGGAGACUCCAGCAGCCACGACACCCUCGACCGAGAAGGACAAAGUCAGCGCUGGUAAUGGCUCCGGAGGCUUCAACGAGCAAGGUGGAAGAGGAAAUGGGCACCCCAGUGAUAAUCCGUUCUACAGUAACAUUGACAGCAUGCCUGACAUCAGACCAAGAAGAAAAUCCAUCCCUCUCGUAUCAGAACUUACAAUGGCUGCUACGAAGAGGAAUGCAGGUUUGACAUCAGCUGUGCAUCGGGCUACGUUGAAUGACGAGGAAUUGAAAAUGCACGUAUACAAGAAAACGUUGCAAGCCCUCAUCUACCCAAUAUCGUCGACCACGCCCCAUAACUUCGUACUUUGGACGGCGACUUCGCCCACUUAUUGUUACGAGUGUGAAGGGCUCCUUUGGGGCAUCGCCAGGCAAGGUGUAAGGUGCACAGAAUGUGGUGUCAAGUGCCACGAAAAGUGCAAGGAUUUGCUCAAUGCUGACUGUCUGCAGAUGUGUUUCGCAGGGGCGGCCGAAAAGUCUUCCAAACAUGGCGCCGAAGAUAAAGCCAAUUCCAUCAUCACAGCUAUGAAGGAACGAAUGAAACAACGCGAACGAGACAAACCCGAGAUAUUCGAACUUAUCAGGCGGACUUUUAACGUCGACCCAGACACUCACAUUGACAGUCUAGAACAGGCCAAGCAAGUCACUAUAGAAGGAACAUCAAAGUGGUCUUGCAAGAUCGCCAUUACAGUUAUCUGUGCUCAAGGCCUCAUCGCGAAGGAUAAGAGUGGAACUUCAGACCCCUACGUUACCGUCCAAGUGAGCAAAGUGAAGAAGAGAACAAGAACUAUGCCUCAGGAAUUGAAUCCCGUUUGGAACGAAAAGUUUUACUUUGAAUGCCAUAAUUCGUCUGAUCGUAUCAAAGUGAGAGUAUGGGAUGAGGACAACGAUUUGAAAUCAAAAUUGAGACAGAAAUUGACGAGAGAAUCUGAUGACUUUUUGGGUCAAACGAUCAUCGAGGUACGAACUCUGUCAGGAGAGAUGGACGUCUGGUAUAACUUGGAGAAGAGAACAGACAAGUCGGCAGUAUCCGGAGCCAUUAGACUGCAUAUCAACGUGGAGAUCAAGGGAGAGGAGAAGGUGGCACCAUAUCACGUCCAGUACACCUGUCUUCACGAGAACUUAUUCCACUACCUUUGCGAGGAGAACAGCGGGGCGGUGACAUUACCAGUGGCGAGGGGUGAUGAUGCAUGGAAGGUGUACUUCAAUGAUAUUCCUGAGGAGAUCGUCGAUGAGUUCGCCAUGAGAUACGGCAUUGAAGCCAUUUAUCAGGCUAUGACACACUUCCACUGCCUCUCUACGAAGUACCUGUGCGCCGGAGUACCAGCUGUCAUGUCGACAUUACUCGCCAACAUCAACGCAUACUACGCUCAUACGACGGCUUCGUCUGCCGUGUCUGCCUCUGAUCGAUUCGCUGCUUCUAACUUUGGAAAAGAGAAAUUCGUGAAGCUCCUGGACCAGCUACACAACUCUCUGAGGAUAGACCUGUCGAUGUACCGCAACAACUUCCCCGCGUCCAGCGCGGAGAAGCUCAUGGAUCUCAAGUCUACUGUCGAUCUACUUACCAGCAUCACGUUCUUUAGGAUGAAGGUUCAAGAGCUAAGCAGUCCGCCCCGCGCCAGCACUGUGGUCAAAGACUGCGUGAAGGCAUGCCUUAGAUCAACAUAUCAGUUUCUAUUCGAGAAUUGUUAUGAGCUGUACAACAGGGAGUUCCAGGUGGAUCCUAACGAAGCUAAGCGAGACCCUUCAGACCAUGGGCCACAGUUGGAUUCAGUAGACUUCUGGCACAAGCUUAUUGCUCUUAUCGUAUCUGUGAUAGAAGAGGACAGGAACAGCUAUGCUCCUGUCCUCAACCAGUUCCCUCAAGAGUUGAAUAUUGGUCAGCUAUCGGCAGCGACGAUGUGGUCCCUAUUUGCAGUCGAUAUGAAGUAUGCCUUGGAGGAGCAUGAACAACAUCGUCUUUGCAAGUCUUCCGCCUACAUGAACCUACACUUUAAGGUGAAAUGGCUUCACACAAACUAUGUGAAAGAUGUUCCUCCAUACUGCGGAGCUGUUCCCGAGUACCCAGCCUGGUUCGAACCCUUCGUCAUGCAGUGGCUCAAUGAGAAUGAUGACGUGUCGUUAGAGUAUCUGAAUGGCGCCUUCAAUAGAGAUAAGAAAGACGGGUUCCAAAAAUCGAGCGAGCACGCCCUCUUCAGUUGUUCCGUGGUAGACGUGUUUACACAACUGACACAAUGCUUCGACGUGGUCUCCAAGCUCGAGUGUCCCGACCCUGAGAUAUGGAAGAGGUACAUGAAGAGGUUCGCCAAGACUAUCGUCAAGGUCCUCAUAGCAUACGCUGAUAUUGUGAAGAAGGAGUUCCCUGAACAUUUGAAGGAGGAACGGGUGGCCUGUAUCCUGAUGAACAACAUUCAACAACUGCGGGUUCAGUUGGAGAAGAUGUUCGAAGCUAUGGGCGGCACUAAACUCGAGAGGGACGCCGCUGACAUUCUUAAAGACCUGCAGAAUAGAUUGAACGGGACGUUAGAUGAUUUGGCGUCUAUGUUUGCUAUCAGUUUGGAGUCCCGUAUAACAGCCAGUGUGAAGGAACUGGGCGAGUUACUGCAGAAGGUGGGAGGUGGCGGCGCGCCGGGACAGCAGCAGCCGCCUGCCCAUCACGAGGCUGAUGAAGUGCUGAGGCCGCUUAUGGAUAUCUUGGAUGGCUCUCUCACAAUGUACGCUGAAUCCUGUGAAAAGACUGUACUCAAACGACUACUAAAGGAAUUGUGGAAGAUUGUGAUGAAGAUAUUAGAAAAGACUGUUGUGCUUCCGCCUAUGACUGAUAAAACGAUGAUGCUGAAGAACUUGACGAACAACGCUAAGAACUUGGCUGCUAACGCGAAGAUAGAGGAUAUGACGCAGCUAUUCAAGAGCACGGUGGGCAAGCAGGAUGUCAAGCAUGCGCUGUCCGGCGUCAUGGAUAUAUCGAAAGAGCACCUAUCAGCCGAAAAGAGCUUGACACCAAAACAAUGCGGAGUCCUGGACGCUGCUCUGGACACCAUCAAGCUAUACUUCCACGCUGGAGGCAAUGGUCUGAAGAAGGCUUUCCUAGAGAAGAGUCCAGAACUGCAGUCCUUGAGAUACGCUCUCAGUUUGUAUACGCAGACCACUGACACGCUCAUCAGGACUUUUGUCAGCUGUCAGCAGAAUCAAGACGCUGCAGUGGUGGAAGAGGGCAGCGUGGGUGAAGUGUCCUUACAAGUGGAUCUCUUUACACAUCCGAAUACUGGCGAGCAUAAGAUCACUGUCAAAGUGGUAGCAGCAAACGAUCUGAAAUGGGUGAUCCAAAGCGGCAUGUUCCGUCCGUUCAUCGAGGUUAACCUCAUCGGUCCUCACCUCGCAGAGAAGAAGAGGAAGUUUGCUACCAAGUCCAAGAGCAACAACUGGAGCCCUAAGUUCAACGAGACAUUCCACUUCAUGGUCAGCAACACAGAACAGCUGGAUCUGUUCGAGCUGCACGUGUGUGUUCGAGACUAUUGCUUCGCACGUGAAGAUAGGCUUGUCGGCGUCGCUAUCAUGCGUAUGACCGAAAUUGUUGAGCAGGGUGCCAUCGCGUGCUGGCUGCCUUUAGGCACCCGAAUCAAGAUGGACGAGACGGGCUGGACAAUACUAAGGAUAUUGUCCCAAAGGCACAACGAUGAAGUCGCUCGGGAGUUUGUCAAGCUCAAGUCUGAGAUGAGGACGGAAGCGCCGGCCGGAGCACAAGGGCCUGCGUGAGGAGUGUAGAUACACCCCUCGUGCCACACCACACACAACCCAUCAACUCCAAGACUGCGACUGGACUGACAGAUCCGGUUGUGAUGUCCCUAAGUAUUUCAAAUCAGUUUACAGUGCGCAAGCAGGACAGAAGCAUGUUCUGCACGAUGCGCACGAAAGAGACGAAGCCACUGCAACGGAGUAAGGAAGUGACAUGCGGCGCUCCGGCGGCUCCCGGUCAGUGCUCGUUCGUUUUGUUUCGUACAAUAUCGACGGCGAUACGUUUUUUGUAAAUAAAAUUUAUCUUUGUUAAGUUACGCGGAUAGUAGAAUAUUUUGCACAAAUUCGUAAACAUUAGCAGAAAAGACUGACCGUAGGCGGCCGGGCGCCGCGGCGUACGCGACUUAGGCAUCCAGCUCCUGCAUUCUCAUCUCAAGAGACACCUUGAACUUUCAAUCUACAUCAAUAAUUGAUUUUGCCUCCAAUGCUCCGUUAUCGUGUUUGUUGUCUUUGCUCCUUACAUUAUUUAUCGUUUAGCAGUUCCUUCCAGGCUGCCCAACUGCCCAACCACUAUUGCUGGGUACCUAAAUUCGCGAACGCAUCGUUGACCCACGAUUUAUGUAAUAAUAUUUAUAUGGACCAAACUGUCGUAAAUACGGAUGAAAUUAAUCCUUAAACAUUAAUAUUAAAAUGCAACAUAAUUAUUUAUCUAAUUAAUCAUCUACUCGUUAUACGUGUACAGUAAAUUAUAUGGCCUUAUGUAAAUUAUUUCCUUUGUUUGUUGGUUCCAUUGCUUCUGUCGAGUCGGUAAUGUGUACAAGUGUUAAGGAUGUUUCCUGAGUGUGACGAGGAAUGCGAUUCUAUUAUUUUAAUUUUGGUAAAUGCGUGGUGAAUAGAACUAUGCGAAUACAUAAAGCAUGAUCGUUUAGGUGAUGAGUGUUAUAUAAAAUGGAAUUAAUAUAGUCAUAGCCGUCGUUUGUUCUUGAAAUCCUUUACGCGAUGCUUUUUGACGUCUGUACGUAAAUAUAGAACUAUGUAGUUACAAAUUAUCUUAAACCAUAUAUCUUUACUCAAACGCAACGUUUAAUACUAAUGGCUUCCGCGAUAAAUAAACUGAAUCUGUAGAGGAAAUGAUCUGUUUUGAUUUAUUUCUUGCUCUUAGUACGUCAUGCAGUUUUGACAAAAAUACCACGGAUGAAUUCUCCGAUUCAAUGAAUUUGGAUGAUGCAAACAAAAUGACUUGUCUGUAAAAAUACAAGGGUUACUUCAAAAAGUAUCGCGUAACAAAAUGGAUAAAAAUAUGCGGUAUUGUCAUCUUUUAUAAAAUAAUAAAUAAUUAUUUUACGUGUCCCGUUUUGAGUGACCUAUAUUACAUCUAUGUGAUCCAUAUUUAUUACAGACAUGUACAUAACAAUAAGUAUAUGUUAAAAUAUGUGUAUAUCACAAUAUUUGCUAUUACUUUAAUAAGCUUGGCCUCUUUGAAGUGUAAUCUAAAUCUCCAAUGUCUUUUUGUAUAUUAUUGAAAAUUGUGAUAUUGUUAUAAAGAUGACGUAACAUCGUAACUGUCGUGUUUACCUGUUUAAUCCGAUGUUAUUUGUUAUUAGUCAAAUGUUUUUUGUUAUUUAUUAAAAACAUUGUAUUUGUAACAUUUCAUUCCAUUUUUGUUAGUUCGAGACUGUUUUUAUCUAAUUGUGUUAUACAUUCAGGUAUUUUAAUGAACGUUUUGUUAUUUAUAGUGAAACCUUCCAAGUUAAGGCCCCAGUGCUCAAAAAUAAUUUGUUAAGGCUAUAUUGUGGUGAAUAACAAUAACGAAUCGUUGAUUUAUUAACAUAAUAAUUAAAAUAUAUACUUAAAAAAAUAUCACAGUCCAAAACUCAAACACGUUUGAAAGUUGUCACAUAAAUACAUUUAAAUGUGUGUACAUUUUCAAUAGCAUUAAUGUAAUCAUUGUCGAGUUUUUGUGCACCGGAAAAGAAUUCUUAUUUUUUUAAUCCUAUCUUAACUUUUUUAUUAUCUACAGCAAAAGAUUUCCCCUUUUGUAACCGGUAUUUUUGACAAGUGUAAGAUUUUUUUAUGAAAUUUUCUGAAAACUUUAAAGUUAUUUAAGAAGUCUACUUGUAAUUAAUGUUUGAUGACGUUGAAAAUGCACACGAUGUGUAGAUAGGCACAUCACUAAUUGACACGGGACAUAGAUUUUCUAAAUAUUAGCAUUUAUCAUGGAUUACAUAUCUGUAGAUAGAGAAUGUGGUUUGUCUAGUCCAAAUCUCAAUAAUAUAUAUUAAUUAAUUAUAUAUUUACUCGUCUUAUAAUAUAUAGAAAAUACUUUUAUUAUUUCUAAUUUACAUUUCCGCGUUGACUGAAUCUGUAUAACUAUAGCGUAAUAGAAAAUUAACAACAAAAAGUAAUAUUUUAUUUCGUUAUUAAGAAAAUCAAAUAAAUUAUUCUAUUCAAUGUAAUAAUGUGCGCAAUAAACUUUUCAAAUAAUAAAAAUAAUUGAAUUAGAUAAAAUACAUUCUUUGUCCACGAUAAAAUAAUAAUAAACAAUAACAAUUGCCUGCGCAUUACUGCGUUGAAUAGAGCUUUUCAGAAAUGUUUUGGGAAAAUAUAGUGACGCUCAUAAAUAGAUUAUUUGAUUGUGUUAUUUUGAAUAAACGUUUCAUUAUAACCAAAUCAUUAUUGGAUCAUACAUCUGUAAAUAGUUGCAGUUCGUACUUCCACCGUAUGAGAAGGGAAGCCACUAUAUCGAUGGGAUCGUGUGAUAUCUACAUAAACCAAGGUAUAUCAGUAUUACUUUCAUGUAUUUAAUUUAAAAAUAUUUGUGUAUUGAUCAAAGUUAAACCAGUUACACUGUUUAUGAAGAUAUUGCGAUUCGAGCUAGUAUAAAAGAAAAGCGCACAGUAUUCAUUAUAAUCUCAUCAAAAUAUAUAAUAACUAACAAACGUAUUGACACAUAAACCUUUACCAUUUGACAAUACUUGGUAAAUAUUAUUUUAUAAGUAUAAUGUGAUCGUCACAUGCAUCUGUUCAUUGUAAGUCUGUUACGCUCCAAUUUUAGUAUUAAAUAUCACUAACAUUGCAUACAUCUUUGUAUAAAUGCAUAUAUGUAAAUGUUACAUGUUUAAACACAUUAUUGAAUUUAGAAUUUUUAUGAAAAAAUAAAUAAAUAUCCGUAUUUCAAAUAUA